CUAUAGUGCUACUCUUUCGCACGGCGGCUUCCUUUCCCGUCAUGGUCACCUUUUUGUGGACUUUCGGGGCGAGAAUCAAAAGAAGAAUAAAUGCGAGGGUUAGUUUCGUCCCAUAAAGCGCGAGUGACGCGGGCUGUCUGCGCUCCCGCGCGGAGCUUUUUUACGUGGAAGCAGAUUCUAGAACUGUCACAAUGACGGCACGAUUCUGACGUCAUUCGAGUGUACGGCGGGUUCGGUCCAAGCGCCGCAGUGCGAGGCCUGCUCAACCUGUAGUAAAAGAGGGCGAGAGCACAACGCCAGCGGGUCGGGAAUAGGUGCCAAGCAGAUAACACGCAGCGCUAGCGAUUCGGGGAGAGUGGAGCUGCAGUUCGCUGGAAGAGGCCGGUGACGAAGAGGCCGGGCGAUGGGAGCUCCCGCCGAGCGAGGGACCGGCGCGCCGCACCAGAAGGUGUUCGGCCUGGUGUGGCGCACGGUGCGCGAGGCGCUGUUCCUGCUCGAAGUGGGCACGCUGUGCGUGCUCGCUCUGUUCGUGCGCAAAGGCGUGUGCCGCUCCGAGGCGAGCAUGCAGGGCAAGACGGUCAUCGUCACGGGCGCCAACGCAGGCAUCGGCAAGGCCACAGCUACGGACCUGGCAAAGAGGAAGGCGCGCGUCAUCCUCGCUUGCCGAAACAUGGAGCGGGCCAAACGCGCCGCGCAGGAGAUUUUCGACGCCACGGGGCAGGUGGCCGUGGUGAAGCAGCUCGACCUCGCGUCAUUCAAGUCCGUGAACGACUUCUGCGACGAUAUACUCAAGACGGAGUCGCGUCUCGACGUGCUCAUCAACAAUGCUGGCAUCGUUACGGAAUCCAAAGGAAUCAAGCUAACCGAAGACGGCUACGAAUUGUGCUACCAGUCAAACUACCUCAGUCACUACUUGCUAACAAUGAGGCUUCUUGGGCUGCUGCGCAAGAGUGCCCCGAGCCGGGUGGUCAACGUCUCGUCGGCCAUGCACCACCUGGGCACGCUGAGCCAGCCCGACCAGCUGGCGCGCGGCCUGACGCCCGUGCGGCACCCGACCGCCUCGUACGCCUGCAGCAAGCUCGCCCAGGUCGCGUUCACCCGCUCGCUGGCGCACAAGCUGCGCCACUCCGGCGUCACAGUGAAUGCUCUGCACCCUGGCGAUGUGAAGACGAACAUCGCCACCAACUCACCCGGAGGUCUAUUCUUUGGCUUCCUUUUGGCUCUUGGGGGAAAGACGGCCGAGGAAGGAGCCCAGACGUCCAUCUACUUGGCCGUCGAGCCCAAGAUGACCAAGGAGACCGGUCGCUACUACUCGGACUGCCAGCGAGCGUGGAUAAGCAGGCAGGCGGCCGACAGGAGGCGCUGCGAGCGCUUCUUCUGGGAUUCAGCGCGCCUGGUGCGACUCGACGAAGCAGAGGUCAAGGCUCUCGUGGAAAAAUAAUAAAAGCCGUAAUCCUAGCA